AUGGAAUAUUUGUACAGGGUUCUUCAAAGUCUAAAGGAUUCCUCUGAUUUCAGAUUCCACCUCAAGUGUGCUAAGUUGAGGAUUAUUAAUAUCUGUUUUGCUGACGACAUUUUACUGUUUUCCAGGGCUGAUUUUCCAUCUAUUAAGCUUAUUAGGAGUAAAAUUAGAGAUUUCACUCAAGCCACAUGCCUUCAAAUGAGUCAACCUAAGAGUAAACUGUACUUUGGCGGAGUGGAUAUCCCUAAUCAGAACUUGUUGAUGCAGGAUAUGGGCUUCCAAAUAGGCAAAUUGCCCUUCAAGUAUCUUGGUGUGUCGUUGGAUAGUAAAAAGCUUACUAUUCCUAACUGCCAACCUUUGAUAGAUAAGAUGAUUUGCAGAUUUUCUCACUGGUGCACUAGGUUGUUAUCCUAUGCUGGUAGGCUUCAAUUAGUGAAAAGUAUAUUAUUUGCUAUUGAUAACUAUUGGCUCCAAAUUUUUCCCUUGCCUAAGAAGAUUCUUGCCCAUGUGGAGAGCCUUUGUAGGAGAUUUUUGUGGACUGGUCAGGAUACGGACAGUAUGAAAGCCCCUAUCUCAUGGGAGCAUGUUUGUGACCCUGUAGUUGUCGGUGGGCUUAAUGUCAUUGCCCUGGGUGUUUAG